AUCAAUUGAAGAUCGUUCCCAGGAAGUCACAGAGGAGGCGACUCCACCAUACCGGUAAUUUACUACAAGGUUUCCAGAUAAUGAUGGCGUCACUCGGGCAUCGUUUGGUAGUGUUGGCUGCCACUGUGAUGACCAUCUCCUCCGUGGCUAGUCAGGAUAUGGUUGGACCCGUGGAGCAGGUGGGCGUGGAUGUGGGCGUGAUGGUGGGUCAGGUAGUGGAGCACCAUCUCACCGGCUGUCACCUGGUGCUCAUCACCACUACACAACACUCGCACGUAUUUUCAAGUAUAAUCAGACACAUGGGUGUGAGUAUGGAGGCUGGUGUGGUAGUGGAGGCAGGGUGGGUGCUAUCUCAGGACCAGGUAGCUCAAGACCAUCUCCUCCAGAGGCUGCUGGGGGAGGUCAAAACAACCUGCCGGGCACUCAUCCUCGACCUGACCACCAACAACCGUAGUGCUGACAUAGCUCUCAGAUUGGCAGAGGUGGCAGGAUUGUGGAAGACGCCAGAGACGCGGGUGGUGGUGGUGGGUGGGAUGGCAGGAGUGAAGGACGUCCUCCUCCACCAUAGUCUCCGUAACACCGUCCACGGCCUCUACCUGGCCCUCCACGACCUCACCCUCCACACACCACCACGUAUCGGCAGCUCACGCCUCAGGAAAGCCUUGCCACGGGAAGGAGUGAGUGAGCGUGUGUGGGUGUACCGGCGGUGUCUGUACUGUAACAACGGAGAGGCGGACGUCCAAUAUUUUUACCAGUGGAACAGUACCUCCUUCUACCAUCUAAGCGGUUUUCUCUUGAACGAACCGCUUCAAAACAUGAUGGGUCAGAAGCUCCGGGUAGUCACUCUCCCUUUAUUCCCUUACAUGGACUACAGCAGGAUCAACGAUGAACCAGGGAACAUGGUCGCCCCCAAAGACUCUCUGGAUGUAAGGUUAAUCAGCACUUUCGCUGCGGUGUUCAACUUCACCUACGAGGUAAUAGAGGAACCUAAUAGGUCAUUUGGUAACGAAAAUGGCGGCAACUUCACCGGGAUGAUCGGUCAACUCCAACGGGAGGAGUCGGACUUCUGCACCAUAGUGGCGCCUACACCAGGACGACUCAAGGUCACAGAGUUUAUCAGAGGGUAUCCGGCUGAUAUGCUGGUUGUAACGUCUCUGAAACCCACACUACUGCCUGCACAUCUCUCACUGGUCAGACCAUUUGCACGAAACCUUUGGUUUGCAUUGUUGGCGAGCGUGGUAACGUGGGGUUUGAUUAUGUGGGGACUACAGAGGACAUGGAGGUGGGUGACGGGAGGACGCGGUCUCAGGUUCAGCACAGCCCUCCUGUACGGAUGGGGAGCGCUCCUUGAACAGCCACCCGUCAACCCCUCCGUCAACGAUUCAGGAAGAUUACUGGUGGGGUGGUGGCUGGUGUUCUGUCUGAUCAUCACCACUGGAUUUCGAUCGUCUCUUAUCGCCCACCUGACCGUUCAGGGGAAAUCCUCAACCCUGGACAGUUUCCAGGACCUGCUAGGUCAGGGCAACUGGAGGUGGGGCAGCGAGCCUUGGUUUUUCAAUGGAGCAGCCUUAGAAUAUUUCAGCAAACACACUGACCCUGUGGUGCAGCAGAUAUACAAAGGGAUGGAGGUUUUAGUGGUGAAGGAAGCUCUUAGGAACGUGCUGGCUGGGGGCUUUUCCUUCAUUACUGUCCAAAACUACAUUACAGUCAUCAUCACCUCCAUGUACACCGACGCCAACGGAGAGACGCCAUUCUACAUCAGCAACAAGGGAAGAUAUAUAUUAGCGUGUUUUGGAUGGGGUUUAAGGAAAGGUGCACCAUUCUAUCAGCGUUUUGUUCAGUUGAUGUCUCGACUGGAGGACGCUGGUAUUAUACAACACUGGACUAACGACGUAAUAGCUAGACGCGUGAGAGAGAACAGAGCAGCUGCAACACUAGACCCCCAGGCAGCCAAGGGAGACCCUACACAGGACGACAAUGGGGAGGUGGUGUUGGGUUUGAACCAUCUGCAGGGCGCCUUCUUCCUGUUAUUUCUUGGCUGCAUCAUCGCUUUACUCAUGCUGCUGGGGGAGAACUUCAUUCACUCUCUCUCCUCACCCAAGCAACACCCUUCCCGAUCUUAACAGACCUCAGACUAUGUUGCUGUGAUCUAGGAAUCCGUCACAGAAAAUUAUCUAAGCCAUUCUGACAUACUGAAGGUAAGAUAUGUUCGGAGAUAAGGGACAACGGUUUUAAUGGGCUAUCAGUACUGUGACCCUUAGAGUACUGGCAUGAUUAAAUUUGGAUGAAGAACGCAAUUCGUGCACAUGAUAUAUAUCUUUAUCAGAGUACAAUUACACAUAAUUUGCUGGAACCAGUAAUUCUAGCAGAUAAUAUAUCCAAAUAAUUUAUAAUUUUUAUAAUAAUCUGAAUCUUAAUUAACACAUCAAUAAAGUUGUUCUUCCA